GAACCAAACAAAAUAUUUGGACCCCCCUGCUCUUUUCCUCACAUUAGUGACCGGCAGCCACCCUCGAUGAUUGUGCCCAAGCCGACCAAUUUCUAAAGAUUCUGUCGAGGCUGUCUCGUGGGACAAAAGCAUCUCCGACUGCGCUGUGUGCCCUGCAGCCUUCCUGCUCGCGCCCUUCUGGCGGAUUUCCAACCAUGUCUUCCAACACCAACGGCGGCGACGCGAGAAACGGCGGCGACGCAGACGUGCUGGCCAAGAUUCACCUGGCGCUCGAGGUGGUUCACAGCCCUCACUCGACCAACGACGCGCGUAGGGAAGCCCAGUCCUUCCUCGAAGAAGUCAAGGACAUCCCCGAGGCUCCCUUCCAGGGCUACAGCCUGGCCGCCGACAAGGCCCAGCCGCCCGUUGUCCGCCACUACGCCCUAUCGCUGCUCGAGCAUGCCAUACGAUACCGAUGGACGACAUAUACCGAAGAGCAGGCCCGGACCCUGCGAAACUGGGUGCUCGAGCUGAGCCAGGCAGUUGCCAAGGACGACCCGGGAUAUCUGAGAAACAAGACUGCCCAGCUGUGGGUGGAGGUGGCCAAGAGAAGCUGGGGCUCCGAGUGGACGGACAUGGAUGCCAUGCUCGUUGAGCUAUGGCAGAUUCCCAAUUCUCCUGCUCACAAGGAGCUCGUCAUGUUUGUGCUCGAGGCUCUGUCGGACGAGGUCUUUGCCGGGGACGACCCGGUUGUUGCCAUGAGAGAGGGCGUCCUUAGCAAGGCAUGCGUCGAGAUCUUCACGCCUACCGCGGUCCUGGUAGAGGCGUUCCCCAACCGUCAGGCCGGCCCAGAUGUUCGCUGUGGCCACGAGGGCUGGCUCAGCCGACUGUCAGACUUCCUGGGCUUGUGUAUCAGCUCCGACACCAAAAAUGACGAGAUCAAGACAUGCAUUGUCAAGGGCUUCUCCGUGCUGGUAUCGCUUAUGCCCUGGGCCAUUCCCAAAGCCGUGUCGUCUGCCCGCUGCGUGCCUAUUCUGUCUGCCGGCCUAGCGUCAACGUCGACCGAAAUACAAAAGGCCGCCCUCGAUGCCCUGUACGCCCUGUAUUGCCGGUCCAACUUUACGGAUGAAGAGUUCAGAGAGCUUGUGGCCCCCAUGUACACCGGCGCAUCCAUUCAGCUCUUCAGGGACCUCAUUGAUCGGUCAGCUGUCGAGGCUGACGACAUAGACGAAGACAAGUACCAGAUCUUGAAGAAGCUAUCUGAGAUGCUUUCCAUUCUGGGUGACUAUUUCGAGAGGAAGCAUUCCCAGGUUCCCCUGGACGCAAGUCCCGAAGCUUUCCUGCAGCUCUUGCUCCAAGUAGUACAACACCAAAGUCUCAUGGUGUCAAUCCCGGUCCUAGUAACUUGGGCGAGACUCCUUUCGAACAAGGUAAUCGGUCCAAGUGAUGUCGUUACAUCCAUGAUCGGACCUCUCCUCGAGGUCUGCAGCUCCAGAUUGGUCCGAUACGAGAACCUGGACCCUGAGAAUACAGAUCCGACAUUCCUGUUCCUGAUGGAAGAUACCGAUACCAUACCAGAGCGCCAUGCCUUCCUGGGCAACUACCGUCGCUUCAGCUCACAAAUCGUCGAGCUCAUCGUGCAGCUCAAACUAGUGGACGCAGUAUCGCAUAUCCUGGGACGCACGGAGCAGCUUUUACUGCAUCUUUACGAUGGGCAGCCGCCAUUUAACAAGCAAAACUAUCACAAACAUUCAAUGCCUGUUUUGCAGGUGGAUGCUCACUUUACCCUAAUUGAAGCAUCCUUGAAGGGUUACGCAAAGUGGAAAAAGUCGCACCAACACGACAACCCACAACAAAUCGCCGAGCUUGAGUCCAGCCUCGAGGGAUGGUGCUCUAGGCUCUUGGAGAUGAACUUUGAGGAUCCCCUUAUCCGAAAGCGAACUCUCCAAUUGCUCGUCUACUUCUCGACAAAUGCUCUCAACAAGAAUGCAAACUUCAUGCUAAAGGUCCUCGAACAUAUCAUUCUCACCUGGCCGGUUCUAGAAGCAGAGUACCGCGCGUACAAUGAAGCCGUCAAGGAUUUCCAGGUCGAGAGCAUGCUCGAGCUGCACCGCCUCGCCAUUGGAAUGCCUGAUCACCUUCUAGGGGUCUAUGACCAAAUCGAGGUCCGCGUGAACGAGAUGAUCAAUACCGGAAAGCUGGAUGAUAGACGAGUUUUGGCAUAUCGAAGUUUUCUGUUUCUCAUCAUCCAUCGAGCCAAAAGCAUUGACACCCAGGCCAAGAUCCCGAAACUUAGAGAGUUCGUUGAGCCUGUCAAGGCGCAAUGGCAAGAGGAGAGUAUCAAGUCUGCCGUGAAGUCGUACUCCGGCUUCUGCGAGCUCCUUGCGCUGGACAAGGCCCAAGCAUACUUGGUCAGCCGCCAGGCACAGAACAUCCAGGACUGGGGCUCUUACGAGCUUGACGCGGAGGGGCUGGCUCUGCAGAAUGAAUUGGAAGAGCGCUUGAAGCAACUGCCUCUCCGUCCGACAAAGACUCUCCUUGCGCUGUCCGUGGACCGCGUCGACAAGUCUACCGCCGCGUUUCAGGCCACCUGCGCCAUCUGGGAGGAGGGAUUCCCAAACAUCCUGGCAGAUUUGCUGCGUUUGUUGAGCUAUGCUCACGCGUCGCAUAACCCGCAUCACUGGACGGGAUUCCCGGAAGACAUGCGCCACAUUGUAGACAAAGUCCUAAGCGAUCGAUUCUGGCAGGCCGGUAUAUCGGAAGGGAGCAAAGACGACUUCUACGCCCGGGUAUUCGACAAGAAGGGUACGAUGGAGGGACUUGCGUCUACGAUUCGCGGGACAGUUCGGUUUGUCCGCGAGACAGCCUACGGGAUCAUCUACUGCAUGAGCAAGCUCCACUCACAGUUCUACGGAUUCAGCGAACUCGCCGCUCCACUGUCCGAGGCCUUCUUUUCGGAUUCAAUAUGGCUGUCUACACAUCAGCAGAGCAACCUGUUGAGCCUGGUUCGACAUCUGGUGGAUGACUGCCCGGUGGACUGCCGCGAGAAUUUCUUGCCCAGACUGUUGUCUUCGUGCUUCCAGCAGAUGGAUGCCAAGAUCAACUCUGAGUGGGCAAAGCUUGAGCAGCGGCAGAGCGUGGUGGCAGACGGAGAUGACGAGCUCAAAGAGGAGAUGAAGUCUGAGAGUAUUCUCCGGCAAGUGACGUACACUGCCGUUGUCAUGGUGGCAGACAUUUUGGACCCAACAAAGCCCAAUCCGCCAACUUUGAAGUCACAGGCCGAGACUGCCGAAGAGCUCAAAUACUCUCAAGAAGCCUUCCCCUCUCUUCGAAAGUUUUGCUUGGCCCGCCAGGAGAUCAUCGAGCCGCUCUUGCUGUUCUGCAUGCAUGGCAUUCGCAUGCGGGAUAUCAGAUGUUGCGGAAUGGUCCUGCGGCUGUUCAUUUCUCUGGUGCCAGAGUUCGCCUCAUCUUCCAAGCGAAACGUCACAAGUUCCCAGGCCCAGGGGGCUGAUGCCCCAGUCGUUCGCAUCUCUCCGGAAAUCGCCUCGGCUGUCCGGGAGUACAUCUCUUCGGAUGUGAUGAGAGCAUGUGUCACGUCCUACCACGAGCCAUACUUUGUAGAUGUCCAGAAAGAGUUGGCAUCUCUCAUUGCCACAAUCGUGGUGUACUACAGCCCAAUCACGCCGACGCCGGUCAACGUUCUCCUGGCACUGCCUAACGUGAACCCCGGGGAACUGGAGCGUCUGAACGCUUACGUGCCCAAGCCAGCAUCGCAUACGCGGCAACAGAGGGCCAUUGUCAUGGAAUUCCUGAAGGAUCUCAAGGGAGUGAGCGUCUCAGAGAUGGGUAAGCUGAACAAGACGGGCCUGGACAGCAGCUCGAGUCGAUCUAAGCGCACUGGCCGAAGCAAGAUGGCCCAGGGCUUCAUGACCAGCGCUCCAGCAACAUCGGAUGCUGCGGGCCGAAAGAGAGCAGAGGCAGCGGGAGGCCGGGCCACACCUGACGGCGACGGCCUGGAAGGCAUCUCCAACCUCUUUGAAGGCUGAAGGAAGAAGAUGACGACGCCGGCCGUCGAAGUUUGCUCACCGAAAUCUUGCUGUAUUAGAGUUUGUGGUGCAAGAGCCGUGUGCGGAGGACAAGGAGCUGCUGAAGAAAGGACCCGAUAAAAGGGGGUAAAGACUUGCUGUCGGGAGAAGACGAACAAUCGUGUCUAUAUACGUCAUAUACGGCAGUUUAGAGGGUGCAGAGGAUAUCGAGA